CGAACGCUGCCACCUAACCACCUCCACCGCACUUUCCUCUCAGCUGUAUAUUCACAGUCAGCCCCUCACCUCUCUACUUCAACCUGCCCCGACAAAACACGUCAUGAUUCUCCGAUUCGUGAGCAAAGAGGGCCAGUUCCGCCUCACCGUGGAGCCCACGACGACCUUUACAGAUAUAUUGCCUCAGGUGGCGGAGAAACUACCAAAGAGUGCUGACCUUGCGAGUGUCGCCGUUAGCAAUAAGCCUCAGGGAGGAGAUGCCAGGAAGCUUUCUUCGCUCCAAGGCGUGACUUUCGAGCAAGUGGGACUAUCACAUGGCGCACAACUCUUCCUGACCUUCGACGAGCAGUCCGCGACAUCAAACGGUGCACCUACAGUCCCUUCAGGCGCUGCCCGCCUGAACGGCAAAGCUGUCGAGCAGUCUGACUUACCCUCUGUGCCCCUCGGCGGCCAUACACAGCUGAUCAAGAACCCGUGGGAAGUAGUUAAGCAAUCACCACUCGAUGACCGGCUCGACAGGCUGGACGGCAAAAUCUCGCGCAAGCGCGAUGUCAGGAUGUGCACACAUGGGCCGAAAGGCAUGUGCGAUUACUGUAUGCCUGUAGAGCCGUACGAUGCAGCAUACCUAGCCGAAAAGAAGAUCAAGCACCUCUCGUUCCACUCGUAUCUGCGCAAGGUUAAUUCUGCAAAGAACAGGCCGGAACUCGGAAGCUCUUACAUCCCGCCACUCAACGAACCAUACUAUCGCGUACGACCAGACUGCCCGUCCGGCCACAAGCCGUUCCCCGACGGAAUUUGCACAAAGUGUCAGCCCAGUGCCAUUUCGCUCAAGCCACAGGAAUACCGCAUGGUUGACCACGUGGAGUUCGCGUCGACGCAAGUUGUAGAUGAUCUCAUCAACUUCUGGCGAAACACAGGCUGUCAGCGACUAGGCUUCUUAUACGGCCGAUAUGAGGAGUACACAGAGGUGCCGCUGGGGACAAAGGCCAUAGUAGAAACGAUCUACGAGCCACCACAAGUGAAUGAGCUAGACGGCAUCUCGCUGAGCGACUGGGAUAACGAGAAGGACAUCGAUGAUAUUGCUGCACAGUGCGGGCUGCAAAAGGUCGGCGUCAUAUUCACAGAUCUUCUGGAUGCAGAUAAGGGCGAUGGAUCGGUCAUCUGCAAACGUCACGCAGAUUCAUACUUUCUGUCCUCUUUGGAAAUCACAUUUGCGGCACGGUACCAAGCCAGACACCCACGACCUUCGAAGUGGAGUGAGACUGGUCAGUUUGGGUCGAACUUCGUCACUUGCGUUAUCAGCGGAGAUGCAGAGGGGCAAAUUGGCAUCUCGUCAUACCAGGCGUCGAACGCAGCGGUAGAGAUGGCGCGUGCAGACAUCAUCGAGCCGUCAGCUGAGCCUUCCGUGAUGCUGGUACAAGAUGAAGCGGACAACGAAACUCUGAAUCGAGCACGAUACAUCCCUGAAGUAUUCUACCGACGGAUCAACGAGCACGGUGCAAAUGUGCAGGAGAAUGCGAAGCCUGACUUUCCUGUCGAAUAUCUGCUACUCACGCUAACACACGGCUUCCCUACACAACCCAACCCCCUGUUCACAGGUGGCAAGUUCCCGAUCGAGAACCGCGAGAUCAUGGGCGAGAUGGCAGAUGUGUCGGCACUGAGCAAGGUGCUCAACGCGAAGGCCAACGGACUUGCGCUGAACACAACAAGUGGUCUCAACGCCAUUUCGAACUUUCAUCUGCUUAGCUUCGUUCACAAUCUCGGCAUUUUGUCGAAGGACGAAGAGUCUCUUCUCUUCAAAGUUGCAUCGGCACACGACCCAUCAGAAGGCUCAGCACUCCAGCACACCGGAGGGUGGGCGACGUUAUUAACGGUUCUCAAAGAAAGCGGGGAAAGUAGGGCUUUCCUCGGGUUGAAGCUUCUGACGCUCUCGGAAGUCACAGCGCAAGACAACACCAUCCAAAUCCUCUCGCGCACCCUACAAUCCUCCAACCUCCCACACAUGCUGUUUUACGGCCCACCAGGCACGGGCAAAACGUCUACAAUCCUCGCUCUCGCAAAACAGCUUUACGGCCCUGAGCUCAUGAAGUCGCGCGUUCUCGAACUAAACGCCUCCGAUGAGCGCGGUAUCAGCAUUGUGCGCCAGAAGGUCAAGGACUUUGCGCGCCAACAGCUCAGCUCCGCUCCUACAUAUAACGUCAUGACGGAAGAUAAGGAUGGUGGUGAAGGCAAGAUGGUCAGAUACAGGGACAAGUACCCUUGUCCUCCGUUCAAGAUCAUUGUGCUGGAUGAGGCAGAUAGCAUGACGCAGGAUGCGCAAUCUGCGCUGAGAAGGACGAUGGAGACGUACAGCAGGAUGACGAGAUUCUGUCUUGUGUGUAACUAUGUCACGCGCAUUAUUGAUCCCCUGGCGUCGAGAUGCAGUAAGUUCCGCUUCAAGAGCUUGGAUCAAGGCAACGCAGUGAAGCGUGUCGAGGACAUUGCAAAACUCGAGGGCGUUAUGAUGGAUCAGGGCGCAGCCGAGGAGCUGGUCAGGGUCUCCGAUGGUGAUCUGAGAAAAGCGAUCACGUUCCUGCAGUCUGCAGCGAGACUGGUGAGCGCUACACAAACACCAAAGGAGCCGAGUCGGAAAGGGAAGCCCCUCAUCGACGAUGACGAGAUGGAUGUCGACUCCGAUACCACUCUUGUAGACAAGAACACCGUCUCACUACAGUCGAUCGCGGAGAUCGCAGGUGUGAUUCCCGCCGCGACGCUCAAUACAUUCUCAGACUCGCUCUUCCCCAAGAGCUCAAGCCGGAGCAUACGGUACAACGAGAUCGCAAAAGUGGUGGAGAACAUGAUCGCAGAGGGAUGGAGCGCAAGUCAAACGGUCGCACAAUUAUACGAGCAAGUCAUGUUCGAUGAGAGGGUAGAAGAUGUCAAGAAGGUCCGCCUGGCAGGCGUGUUCAGCGAAACUGAUAAGAGGCUCGUAGACGGUGGGGACGAACAUCUCGCGGUGCUGGAUCUGGGGGUUAGGGUUGCGGGUGUACUAUGUGGUGCUUGA